AUGCCCAUGCACAUCAUGUAUGCACGCAUCAUCAACGAGUUCAACUCAUUGAUGAGGCUACAACGUGAAGCAACGCACGGGCUCGAGCUCGCGAUCAAUUAUGGCCUCAUAUUGAUUGCGGUGGCAGAUUUAGACGGCACUCUGACGGUUCAUGAUGCCCAAGACCUCACAAUUAUUCGUCGCAAAACUGUGUCACAGUCGGGAAGUAGUCCAAACACUAUUCAAGCUUUGGAAUGGCAUCCCAAGGAAUCAGAAGUUUACGUCGGAUUUUCCAAUGGCAAUGUCAUUGGAUAUGACAUUGACAAAGAUAUGAGAUCACACACAAAGGAUCCCUACCAUAGACUCUCUUUCGAUGGCCCGAUAUACAACAUCGCAUUUUCUCCGUCAGGGUCUCAGUUUGCCGUUGCAUACGGGGAGCAAGUUAAGAUCAUCAAACAACGGUCAUUCGGCAAAUAUCACAAACACGAUCUAGGUAUAUGGCCUCGAACCAAUCCACAGAAGCUUUUUUACUACGAGACCAACUCGCUGGUUGUCAUUUCUCUGCUCAACCUACCUAACAACAUUCCAGCGGCAGUUGCCUACUCCACCGACGAUUCGCGUCCUGGGACUCUAUGGACCGUCUUUACCACAGCCUCAGACACCAUCCUCACAGCGGCAAUGUCUCCAACACAGGAUCUUAUCACUAUUGUGCAUGUGCAUUCUGGAGCGGAGUCGUACUCAGUUCCCGGCCGCAAUCUUCUCCUCAAACAAGAGAUAUACGAACACGGUAUAUCUGGCGGUCCACCACAUGUCCACGUGACGCCCACGUGGCACCAUGUGGUCAAGUGA